UUAUUAUGAAACGUCAAAGCUUCGUGGACUAGGAAAUAGGAAAGGAACAGCCUUUACAAAUUCUAUCGAAGUUUUCAAUCACGGAGAUUUGUUUUUCAUAAAAAGAAAAGUAGUGCAUCGUUUGUGCAACAUUCUUUCCCUCGCACAUAAGAUGCCGGCUUAUCAUUCCCAGAUCAAAGAUUACUCCCAAUCUGUGGGCAACAUGGCAAUUCUUCCACUGCGAACACAAGCGCGUGGUCCGGCACCGACUAAUGCCAAUAUUGAACAGGAUAUCAUCGACGAAUCAUUGUAUUAUUUCAAGGCGAACGUAUUUUUCCGCACUUAUGAGAUCAAAUCCGAAGUAGAUCGAGUUUUGAUCUACAUAACACUGUACAUUACCGAAUGCUUAAAGCGUCUGCAGCGCUGCUCAAAUAAAAAUCAAGGAUUGCAGGAAAUGUACACACUAGCUAUCUCCAGAUUCGAUAUCCCCGGAGAGGCAGGUUUUCCGCUCAACGCAGUUUACGCCAAACCGUCCACAUCGCUGGAGGUGGAUUUGAUGAAACAGUACUUGCAGCAGCUCCGCCAGGAAGUUGGCAUUCGAGUAUGCGAGAAAGUGUUUUCUGGUGAAGAUGGAAAGCCCAGCAAAUGGUGGCUCUGCUUCGCCAAGAAGAAGUUCAUGGACAAGUCUCUAUCGGGACCAGGACAGUGAAUGGUAGAUCUAUUGACAUUUGAUGCAUGUAUAAGCGAAGUAUUAGAAAUGGUUUAUAAUUUCUACCAGCAAACAAAAUACACUCCGUGAAAUUCCGCUGUUGUUUUAUUGAAAUCGUG